CAGUGUUUCAUAACAGACGGCGGUUUGUCCCCGACAAAGAUCAGGUGUGAGGAUUAACCUCACCGAUAUAUUGUGGUUUUGAUAUGUCGGAUAUAUUGUGCAGGUGGUUAAAUGAGGAGCUCCGACUGUCCAAAACCGUUGAGCCUGAUACUUUUGCCAAGGAUUUCUCCACUGGGUAUCUAAUUGGGGAGGUCCUACACAAGUAUCACCUGCAGAGUGAUUUCCUCACUUUCAUAAACAAAGACUCUUCUGUCUCAAGACUGCAUAACUUUUCCCGGCUUGAACCAACAUUAAAGUUACUGGGGAUUCCUUUCGACACAAUCACAGCCCAGGGACUGAUGCAAGAGAAGCCAGGGGUUGCAACACAUUUUCUUUACCAGCUCUACGUUGCACUGGAAGAUAAGACGAAAGCAGAUAUCAGUGGCACGUUGAUGGAAAUCAUGCUGCCUGCUGCCAAAGCUGAACUGAACAAGAAAGAGCAUGAGUACUUCUUAGAUAAAAUGCAUAGGUUGGUGGAACGUGAUGCCACACUGAAGCUGCAGAAGCUUUCUCAGCAAUAUGAGGAGAAGAUCCCGCAACUCAUCAUUAGGCGUGAGAUUGUGAAACCCGUCCCGGAGCAGAGCCAGCUGAAGGUCCAGAAAGAAAUUAGAGACAGGAAUAUAGAGAAGUUUCGGAUGGGUCAUCAGGAGCAUCAUAAGAUGUUGACUCAGAACAAGACCACCAUCGUACACAUGCCCAAACCACCUCCCAAAGCUAUGUUGCAGCUGAGUCUCAAGAAGAGAAAACAGCAGCAGAUACAGAAAGACCAAGAAGCACAGAUGGCCCUGGCUGACAUAGCACAAUGUGAAGUCAAAAGGAAGACCAUGGUUACUUCUGGAUUUAUGUCCACUUCAUGCAGCCACACCAGUGAGGCUUCUGGAAGUGGAGCUGAACUGAUGCUGCAAUCCAAUAGUAAGUAUAUCCAAGAGAUUAGACGCAGACUGGAGGAGGAUGCUGUAGCUCAUCAGGAGAGAGCGCAGAGGGUGGAGAGAUUUCUGGUGGAGCAGUUCAAAGCCCAUGAAGCUUUGCAGGAAGUGCAGCGAGAUGAGCAACUGGUGAAGCGUCUGACACGUCAGACUAAACAGGAGCAGCGUUUAACAGUGCAGCUCCUUCAGCUACGCAAGCAGAAGGAGGUCAUCCGACAGAACUGCCUGUUCAGAGAGCAGCAGUACCAGCAACGGAGAGAGAAGGACUUACAGGAAGCACUGGAGAGGAAAGCGGCUUUGGCUCAACAGGAACAAAUGUCCCGUGCCGAAGAGAUGAGAAAGGAGGUUGAGCUCUGUAACAGGAUGGCUGCUGAGCAUGCUCAGAGCAGAUACAAGAAACAUUUUAACACCUGCCGGGAGAUUGUGGAACAGAUAGUGGACUUGGCCACAAAGAUUGGAGAAUACCGCCUGCUCACCAGGAAUCUGAUUCCAGCAAAGCUAAUAAGAGAGUGGAAGGAACUGCUGCUAAGUGGUCUGCCUCUCUAUAAACGUGUAGAGGGCCAGCAGUCGGGGUUUGAACUCUCCAUCCCUCUAGACCCUGUAGAUCUAAAGAAGCAGGAGACUCUCAACAGCCAGGACUAUGAUGAGUACACUAAUAUGGUGGGAGACUGGGCAUGGCCAGAGGAAGCAGGAGAAACCAUGUCAACCCCAACCAACAAUAUAAUUCUUGCACAUGUUGUUCACCGGCUGAGGAACAUUGUCCAUCCACCUGCUAUGGCGUGUUCCUCACGUUCCCUUCCUCACUUCACCCUAAAGGCUUGCGUCCUGGGAAAAUUUUGUUCUGGCAAGUCCACUUCCUUGGCCAAGGUUGCUGAAGCAUUAGGUGUCUGUAUUUUAUCAUGUGACAGACUGAUUGAAGAGGCUCUGGAUGCUUACCAGAACGGAGAACAGAUCAGAGAACAACAGCAAAAGACGGUCAGCCAAGAGGAGCUUGGAUCCUGCACGUCAGUGACAUCUGAUCUUGUCGUUCAGGAGGAAAGUGGUGAGAGCAAGUUGUCUCGGCGGGCUAUGUUGGGAGCAGCAGCAGAGGCAGCACUGAAGAAUGGUAAACCCAUCCUUGAUGAGAUACAGGUGGAUAUUAUAGUGGAGGCUAUCAGGCAGAUUUCAGCUCAUUCAGGUUGGAUCUUGGAUGGGUUUCCAACAGACUUCAACCAGGCCUUCCUGCUAGAGAAAGCUUUGGGUGGGUCUGUAGAUGACGGGAGUGAAGUAUUGAACAGCAGGGCUUACCUUGCCUUGGAGCCUGAUCAAACCAAAGCACCAGCACCUACUGCUCCAGUGCUGGACCUGGUUCUCUUGCUGGAUGUGCCUGAUGAAUGUGUCAUCAGACGUGCACUCACUCCUGCAGAUUCACCUGCUGAUGCUGCAACCUGUGAUCCCACAGAGAAGACCUUAUUUGAGGCACAAAUACCACACAGGAUCACAGCAUUUCAGGACACCUGGCCAAACCUAGAGGAAUGGUAUGGUGGGAAGCAAGACAUUUUGGACUGUGUUGAUGCUGAUGUUGAUGAGGAGGAGCUUUGUAAGAGAGUGGAGUUUGCAUUGCAGAAAAUUAUGGCUCCAGAACAGAAAGAUGUUGUGUUGGAUAGUGGGAAAUCACUACAUUCAUCCUCUUCAGCUGCAUCUCCACCUCCAGAACAAGCUGCAAGCGUCACAGACUCAAGUACCAGCCUUAACCAGGAAAAUAACACAAGUGUGAAGUCACUUUCAAAGUCUGGCCAGCAUUCUCCUGCAGGACAGUCGAGGAAAGCAUCGAUUUGUUCAUUACACAAUGGCAAUGCUGGGGAGGUACUUAAGAACCCAGAUGAGUCUACACCUUCUUGUCCAGGUUCCAGUUCGGUCUACGUGGAUGAACCUCUGCCUCCAGACCUUCCAAAUUAUUUGCUCACUAAUUGGGAUAAGAUGUGUGAGUCUUAUGUGAGUAAUCUAAAGGCAGUGAUGCAAGAACUGCGGACAGAAUGCACCCUUAUUAUCCAACAUCUUUUCAACCUUAGAGAGGAGUUCAAGCAUUACCUGCAGCGUCCUGACAAAAGGCAGGAGUUUGUUUGUCAGUGGCAGAGGGACUUCAACAGAAUACCUGAAGAUAUGUCUUCUGAUGACGACACCAAAGCAGAGCUACAUCUGAGACUAGAUGAACUUUGUGAACGCUUGUGGGACAUCUGUGACAAGCGGAAAGAGAAGAACGAACAAGAGAGGUCUGCCCUGAUGGGUAGCAGGUGGUUGGAGGACCAUACUGUGAUCCUCAUCAACCAUCAUACAAGACUCAUACAGGUGGAGUUGGACCGUUUCUGGGAAACACUCUGUAUUCUCAGAUGUUACUAUCUGGGGAUGUGCAAACAGGUGAUGCCUGAGCCACCAUCCAAAGUGUUAUGUAUCGAGCUCCUGAACAUUACAGAGAUGAAGGAUCAGGAAGAGAACGAUCCUGUUUCCUCUGAGACAAUCAAGCCAUCCCGGAAACUGAUCAGUGACUGCAACACAGCCCUCCAAGAAAUCAGCACUUUGGUGUCAGCAGAAGCCCACCCAAGGGAGGGUGCAACAGAACUGUCGGACAAAGUACAAGAAACAAAAGAGAUUGAGAAACUGACUAAAUCCCAUCCAAGUGAAAAACCUAAAAAGAAAGCCCAAAAGAAAGAGAAAGCAUCCCCACGUCCAGUGUCCAGCACUGAACCAGUUGAAGGAAAACAGCCAGAGAAGCCUCACAGACUAUAUCAAGAAUAUGCAGCAGCACUGAAUCAUGAAGCGAAUGCAGCUAAAACCCAAAUUAUGCUGGUGAAAGGUCACGGUCUACUGAAGCUGAAGUCCCUGCAAAGCUGUGCAGAAGAGACUUUUAGUGGCAUAGAGAAGAGCUUAGAAGCAUGUUAUCUGGCAGAAAUGAACAGUAUUGAACAACUUGCAGAAGUGGUGCGUCACCACAUAGAGUCUGGUGCUAAGCUGCAGAAUGAGCUGAUCUUGGACUGUGCUGAUUUCUAUGUGAAUGGGGACUAUCGAGUAGUGGCAAGCCCGCCUCCUCUUCCCUGUCCACCACCUAUGGAAAAAGCUACACAGUCCACCCUGACCGUGGUUCAGCUAGAAUCUCUGUGCCAGCAGCUAAACAGUGUGGCUCCAGCAGGUUGUAUUAAAAGUUUUAAGUUGUGUGAUUUGCUGAGGCACUACAUCUCUGUUAACAUGGGUAGUGUGACCUUACCUGAACCCUGGAUCAACUUGAAUGAAGCACAAAUACUGGAGAUGAUAUCUCCAUUCUUGGUUGAAAAUGAGCUGAUGGAUUGGCGUCAAUUUCUGCUCAGUGCUGCCCUCCCUUGGCCUAUUCCUUCCAUGGCACAGUUGUUGGUCUUACUGCGUCAUUUCAAAGCUGUGGAUGCCGAAAAUAAAGGCUAUAUCAAUGAGGAGCAGUACCUACAGACUGAGUUGUGGUUUCCCAAUGAAGAUGACCAGCUUGUUCCCGAAGACCCGUCUGAGCCUUUAUUUUAUGACUGCUUGGCUGGCUUACGCACUUUCUUUUUCCAGUUGUUUGCCGAUGGCUCUUUCUCGCCUCCUCGUCUGGACUAUAUGUCCAUGCUGCUGUACUUUGCAGCUGACUUUAACCCCACACAGGGCUUCACCAGAGCACUAAGUAUUGUGCUGGGACAGCAUCUCAAACAGCUCUCAACUAGUCAUCUUAUCAAGUCUAUGCCCAGGAUAGAAGAGGGUCCAGAGUUCAGCUCAGCAGAACUGAGUGGAGAAUACAAAGGCGAGACUCCGUGCGCAUCAGAUAAUUUGUGGAGAGAUGAAGAGGUCUCCAUCUCUGCUCUUCAAGCUGUCAUCUGCCGUAGCAAUCACUUUGUUCCAGGCCAGGAGGACUACAGUGAGGACCUGGUGUGUACUUUCCAAGAGCUAGGUUACAAUUCCGAUGACAGCAUCCCCUUCUCAGUUCUCUCUGAGCAUCCUUUCAUUCAGAGACUGAUGGAGAGCUCGACACAGUAUCAGCUUGUUAACAUUCACAGAGUGCUAACAGCCGAUCAGGAGGAAGGACACAUCCACAGGUUGAAUAUUUCCUAA